UCCCCGCGGUGUUACGGGGGAGCGGGUCACCUGCCUCCUCCUGCCGUGCCACAAAAAGCAAGGCAAAGCAGCAGCGAGGAGGCGAGACAGAUUCCCAAAUCCCGCACAACCCCACCCCGAAUCCACCACCCCACGCCAAGCCCGCUCGCCGCCGCCGCCCGAGCGCGCGCGCGUACGGGCACGGCGGGCGUACGACGCCGGAGGUGGGGAUCGAGCGUGCCCCCUCCUCCGUCGCGGCGGGCGACGUCGGACGUCGUCGGUCGUAGCUUGCCUUCGUUUCGUUGUCGGGUUUUCGGUGCUGCUGCUGCUGCUGGUGGUGGUCGAGCAAAGGCCGGUGGCGGAUCGCCGGCGGUCCCGUCCGCGGGAGGGGCGCGGGUGACGCGGUGAUCAGGUGAUCGGAGCCCCACCCUUCGUUUUCUCCGCGCAAUUUUAGCACCGACGCGGGUGGUGGUGGUGGUGGUGGUGGUGGGCAUUGGCAUUUCGUCCCCUUCCCCACGAUAGAGACGCGGAGCGUGUGCCCCCCCUCUCGAUCUUGCCGCCGCUCGUAAUCCCCGCCUGAUGCCGGAGAACCUGCAUUUUUUUUUGAGCCAUUCCAGGCUUACGUUCUAAUGCGACGCUGCUAGCGAUAGAAAACCCAGUGGGGGGUCUGUGAGAAUCAUCGCUUGAUCUCCGAUCUAUCCUGUUAACCAUUCCUGUGAGGUUAGGAGGUUUCUGGUUUAGGGGCCUGAGUGAGGAGGAGGGUACUCAAACGGCUGGACCUGCAAUCGAUCUGCUAACUUGGCUAACUUUGAUAAAAGUGUCCCUUCCAACAUUGCCAUUUGGAGCUCUAUGGGUUGGUUGACCAAAUUUUUUAGAGGUUCAACCCACAAAAUCUCGGAAGGGCAAUACCACAGCAAACCCGCGGAGGAGACGAUAUGGAAUGGACCCUCUAAUUCCGCAGUUGUGACGGAUGUCCCGUCAGAAUUUGACAAUGAAGAUAUCGCUCGUGCUAUAUCACUCUCUCUAUUAGAGGAGGAACAAAGAAAGGCAAAGGCAAUAGAAAAGGACAUGCAUUUGGAGGAGGAUGAACAACUUGCAAGAGCUAUCCAGGAAAGUUUGAAUGUUGAAUCGCCUCCUCGUGCUCGUGAAAAUGGCAACGCCAAUGGUGGCAAUAUGUAUCAACCACUGCCAUUUAUGUUUUCUUCUGGAUUCAGGACUUGUGCCGGAUGUCACAGUGAGAUUGGUCAUGGGCGUUUCCUUAGUUGCAUGGGAGCUGUUUGGCAUCCAGAAUGUUUUCGCUGUCAUGCUUGUAAUCAACCAAUAUAUGACUAUGAGUUCUCCAUGUCGGGAAACCAUCCAUACCAUAAAACAUGCUACAAGGAGCGCUUUCACCCAAAAUGUGAUGUCUGCAAGCAAUUUAUUCCUACAAAUAUGAAUGGCCUGAUUGAAUAUAGAGCACAUCCUUUCUGGUUACAAAAAUACUGUCCAUCACAUGAGUGGACGGUACUCCAAGAUGCUGUAGUUGUGAAAGAAUGGAGCCAAGGGAAUCAAGAUAUGUAUUGCUGGACGAUGGUCGCAAACUCUGCCUGGAGUGUUGAUUCUGCAGUUAUGGAUACGAGCGAGUGCCAACCUCUUUAUCUUGAAAUACAGGAAUUUUAUGAAGGCCUAAAUAUGAAAGUGGAACAACAAGUUCCCUUGCUUCUUGUAGAAAGACAGGCUUUAAAUGAAGCCAUGGAAGGAGAGAAGACUGGUCACCACCAUCUUCCAGAAACAAGAGGUUUAUGCUUAUCAGAAGAGCAAACUGUCAGCACGAUAUUGAGGAGACCAAGAAUGGCUGGAAAUAAAGUUAUGGAAAUGAUAACGGAGCCAUAUAGGUUGACUCGUCGAUGUGAAGUGACUGCAAUUCUCAUUCUUUAUGGUCUCCCAAGAUUGUUGACAGGUUCAAUUUUAGCUCAUGAGAUGAUGCAUGCGUGGUUGCGACUUAAAGGAUAUCGCACACUUAGUCCAGACGUAGAAGAGGGCAUAUGCCAAGUUCUUGCUCACAUGUGGAUUGAGUCAGAGAUCAUUGCAGGAUCAGGCAGUAAUGGUGCUUCAACGUCUUCAUCCUCAUCAGCAUCCACAUCAUCGAAAAAGGGGGGAAGAUCUCAGUUUGAGCGAAAGCUUGGUGAUUUUUUCAAGCACCAAAUUGAGUCAGAUACCUCAAUGGCCUAUGGCGAUGGUUUUAGAGCUGGCAACCGAGCUGUUCUUCAGUAUGGUCUAAAGCGCACCCUUGAGCAUAUCCGGUUAACAGGGACUUUCCCAUUUUGAAAUUUCAUAGAUUCGUCUUUUGAUGGAAGUUAUACACGAUCGAUUUGUCAUUAAGCGUCCAUUUACAGGAAAAGAAAGCAAUUUUGAGAUGUGCAAUUGUACAAACAAUCUUUUCAGUUACUUUUGGAAGGGCUAACUGACGACAUUGAUUAAAUUGUGAUAUGGUUAGCCCAACCAAUCACACAUGUAUGGCAUUCAGAAAUUCUAAUGGAAACAGCGGUAUUUUUUAUGUGACAAAAAUUAAUAAGAAAUUUAUACUACCAUGUA